UGGUUUUCCCUCGGUGGAAGAAGUUUGCCAGAAGAAGUGAGUUUUUACCGGUUUUUAGGUUUCGUCUCGGAUCACCCAAAACACGGGCCACUACCACCCUGGAAUUUCGACAAUCCGGACCGGACUGAACUCCUGGACAAUCCCACACCGGUUCUGCACGAUGGAAAACGACGUAAACACCGAGGAAGAGGAGAAGCUGGAAACCCACUCGGCACAGGAAACCCUGCGGGUGCUGGAGCUGCGCCUACCGGAGGUGUGGUGGCUCUGGAAGACCAACUUCGAUCGUGCCACCUUCCACAAGCUGCUACGUGAUCUGCCGUCCUGCAUCGAUCAGUUCAUGGAGGAGAUUAUUACGGCCACGAAGGACUAUGCGCAUCGCCGGAGGGUAAACAAGCUGCAGACGGAGCUACGCCAGUUGUCUGGCCAGCUGGGAGGAAUCAGCUACAUUCUGGAUCCGAACGCACUCGCGUCCCUGCCCGCCGACAUCCAGCUAAAGAUACUGGAAGAGAAGGUGGAGUCGCUGCGAAAGGAAGCCGACAAGCGUAAGGCCACCCUGGCCAUGUACCAGUUCAAGCAGCGCGAAAUCUGUCGUGAUCUGGGCCGCCCCGAAGUUAACCUGAACCCGAGCGGUAGCCCACUGCCGGACGAUCGACAUUUUAUGGCAAUCCAAACGUACAUGGACCGCUUGGUACGCAUGCUGACGGCCCGGCACAGCUACAUCAACUUCAUGUGGCUACACUGCAACACGCUGGCAAUCGGGCUGAAGUGGCCACUGCACGAUAAGCAGAAGGUACUGCAGAAGCAGCUGAUCGCUCCGACGCAGGAAAACAUGAACGAGCUGAAACGUCUGCAGGGCGUACUGGACGGGCUCUUUGAAUCGGCGACGCGGCGCCGGAAACCACUAGAAGUGAUGCGCGAAACGGGCAAAGCGAUCUCACUGACACCGCCCGUGAUGGAACGGUACCGGUUAGCGGUGGAGUGUACGGGAAGGAGUGGCCCUACGAUUGGGCCUGUUGCAGCCGCUGCCGCUGUCAGCACCCCUACCGCCGUUACGACCACCACAACCACCACCGGGGUCGGUGCCGUCGCCGACACUCAACCACUGGUCGGUGGUUGGACGAGGCUCGAGCAAUUAUGGGACCGGUGCCUUAUCUCACCGUACGAACGACGCCUGUUCCGGCAAUCGGUCAAGAGUGUGUACCCCGAAAUACUGCACCUGGCCCAGAUGGACAUGGAGCAGGUGCUGCUCAACUACUACACCGCGAACGCGAAACUGUUCGAGCUGUUCUUCAUCUGGGCCGACAUGUGGAAUCUGCUGCUGAACAUGCAGCGAUUACGCGGUGGCAACAUCACCUCCGCUAGUGGCACCAAUACCACCAGCAGCAAGCGACCGCGACCGCGCGAUUCGGCCCUUGCCGACCAUCUGGCUGAGCUGAGCAAGGAAACGGAUCUGAUCGAGAAUAAGAUAAAAGCGAUGUACGAAAGGUAUGAGCAGCGUUUCCGCAGUCCGUUCGUCGUGAACGGUCUACCGAUACACACGGUAAUCGCAACGUGCAAGGAGAAGCGGCUUAAGUUCGAGUUGCCCCCGAACUGUUGGUUUGCGGCGGAAGAAUGCGAGGCACCGGAAUUUUACUACCAUAAUGGAUCCGUAGAGAUGGUUGUUGCUAGAAACGGAGAGAACGACGACGAUGACGAAGUGGAUGAGGACGAGGAUGACGACCAUGGAGAAGAGGAAGGUGAGGAGAACGAAGACGAGAACGAUGACGCUGAUGACGACGACGGCGACGACGGCGACAGAGAAGGUGAAGCCGUGGACGAGAACGUCGAUGACGAUGGCAAUGUCGAUGGGGAAGCAAUCAAUGAGGAGAAGAAGGAGGAGCUUGUUACACUAAAAACUACAAUAGAACCAUCAAAACCACCAGUGCCGCCACAUCCGCCUUCUCCUUCAGCACCGGCCACUCUGACAUCCGAUACGUCGGAAAUGGUCAUUUAGGAGGGAGGGAGAAACCGCCGGAGUAUCCGGAAUGCCAGCUGCACCGAAGUGAUUCCCCAUGCGUGAGAUUAGAUAUUCGAGAAAGCGCUCGAGGAGGCACUGACGCCAUUCGCCAAUUAUGUACUGAAAGGUGCGCGCUUAAUAAUAAAAAUAAUAAAGCAAAGUCUCGCUCGCUCUGCGGCGCUAUCCAACCAAAUUACUUACGCAUUCUUACUCAUCCAGCGAUGUGAUCCAUCUUGAAGAUUCAUCUAAGACGAGUGUACAAUCAGCAAAACAUGAUAUCU